AUGCCGGAGGAGCCCCGGCCGCGCCCUCCGCCCUCGGGCUUCGCGGGUCUCCUGUUUCUGGCGUUGUGCAGUCGGGCCCUCAGCAAUGAGAUUCUGGGCCUGAAGCUGCCCGGCGAGCCGCCGCUGACCGCCAACACCGUAUGCUUGACGCUGUCGGGCCUGAGCAAACGGCAGCUAGGCCUGUGCCUGCGCAGCCCCGACGUGACGGCAUCCGCGCUUCAGGGCCUGCACAUCGCGGUCCACGAGUGUCAGCACCAGCUGCGCGACCAGCGCUGGAACUGCUCGGCGCUGGAGGGCGGCGGCCGCCUGCCGCACCACAGCGCCAUCCUCAAGCGCGGUUUCCGGGAGAGUGCUUUUUCCUUCUCCAUGCUGGCUGCAGGGGUCAUGCACGCGGUAGCCACGGCCUGCAGCCUGGGCAAGCUGGUGAGCUGCGGCUGCGGCUGGAAGGGCAGUGGUGAGCAGGAUCGGCUGAGGGCCAAACUACUGCAGCUGCAGGCACUGUCCCGGGGCAAGAGUUUCCCCCACUCCCUGCCCAGUCCUGGCCCUGGCUCAGGCCCCAGCCCUGGCCCCCAGGACACAUGGGAAUGGGGUGGCUGUAACCAUGACAUGGACUUUGGAGAGAAGUUCUCUCGGGAUUUCUUGGAUUCCAGGGAAGCUCCCCGGGACAUCCAGGCAAGAAUGCGAAUCCACAACAACAGGGUGGGGCGACAGGUGGUGACUGAAAACCUGAAGCGGAAAUGCAAGUGCCAUGGCACGUCGGGCAGUUGCCAGUUCAAGACCUGCUGGAGGGCGGCCCCAGAGUUCCGGGCAGUGGGGGCGGCGUUGAGGGAGCGGCUGGGUCGGGCCAUCUUCAUCGAUACCCACAACCGCAACUCCGGAGCCUUCCAGCCCCGCCUGCGUCCCCGUCGCCUCUCAGGAGAGCUGGUCUACUUUGAGAAGUCACCUGACUUCUGUGAGCGAGACCCUGCCGUGGGCUCCCCGGGCACUCGGGGCCGGGCCUGCAAUAAGACCAGCCGCCUGCUGGAUGGCUGUGGCAGCCUGUGCUGUGGCCGUGGGCACAACCUGCUCCGGCAGACACGAGUCGAGCGCUGUCAUUGCCGCUUCCACUGGUGCUGCUACGUGCUGUGUGAUGAGUGCAAGGUCACAGAGUGGGUCAACGUGUGUAAGUGAGGGCCAGCCUCGCCACAGCACUGGGGAAGGGGAGGGGCACCUUUUCAGCCUUUUGCUCUGAUUUCUGUCCAGGGUCAGUCCUGGCUCCUAGAAGCUCCAAGUAUCUACCUGGAAGCAGCUUGGGGGUGGUGGGGGUCAGGUAGAGUCUGUGAUGUGCAGCCUUCUCCCCCACAGUAGGAGGGCCUUGGAGGGAAAGCUGUCACCCCUCUUCUGCUCCUUAAACACCAGAAAUGAGCUAAGAUGAAAUGCACUGUAUUGCCUCCCUCUCCCCCACCCUGGGGUCCCUUUAGCUCUGGUUCCUCUUCCUUCUGGCUGGGGAGUCCCUGUAGUUUGACCACUCUUUCCCUUUGAGGGAUAGCCCCAGGCACUGUGUGGAGCUGUAAGACCUGUAUCCAGGGAGACCACUCAUUCCUACCUGCCAUUCCCAAACUCUUCUACAGUGAUCUGGGCCCACUCUUGUGGGGUAAUGGGAGAUGGUGGUAGAGAGGUUUUUCUUGGGGAAGAGACAGAGUGCCGGAGGGGGACCUCUCCCCUGAGUCCUCAGAGGGUUGUUUGUCUAGGUCCUUAGGGAAACUAUCCCUCCCCGCCGCCUUCAGAUGUUAAAGGGAAACCUCCAAAGGAAGAAUUUUACCUAAGACUCUCUGAGCCUUUUAUUCUUUCUUUAGCAGGAGGGAUGGGGAUGGAUAAUUUAUUGUACUGAGACUUGUUCUUGGUUUCUGUUUGUAACUAAAAUAAAUUAAGCUACUGGACCAGUGGAUGCAGGUGGUGAUAUUUCUGCCCACACUUGGGAUCCCAGUCCAUGGCUUCUUUUCCAGGUGAAUUCUACCCUCAUAUACUCAAUGA